UUGGUUCUCGCGCCAGGAGCGCAGACACAAACAUCGCUCUACACCUUUGGGUCUCGUGGACGGAUUAAAACGCCCACACGCCGCCUAGAAGCGAUUCUGGAGCAACUUUGGCACUGUUUUCAUCAUCAUCAUCAUCAUCAUCAUUAUUAUUAUUUUUGUUUAACUCCUCUGUGCGCAGACCUUUAGUCAUCACCUGCUGCCUCUUCCACAUCAGCGCCAAAGGAAACCGCAUAAGGACACAAGGAGACGAUGAGUGACAUCUGACUGGAUUUGCCUCUGCCUGAGGGUGAGCACGCUCCCUCCGUCCUUUCUUCCACUCAGGAAUUAAACAUUUUAUUCCAUGAAGUGGACAUUUUCAAGUUUCUCGGAUGCAGCAUUUAACGCUCCUCUGCUCAAUGGCAGUGACUGUGACAACAUGUUCUCAAAGAAAAUGAAUCUACCGGCAGAUAAAUGUGAGUGGGGCAUUCUGUUUCAAUCCCUCAGUAAACAUAUUUAUAUGAUAUCAGUUUGCCCAGUAGUAAAGCUGCACUGAGUAUGUUUUUGAUUAAGUUAAAUUUACACUAAAUUUGACUUGGCUCCUUAUAAAAAGUUUAUUUGACUUAAUUGGGAGCAGCUCAUAUCGUAAUCUUCUACAAGAAGAUGUUUCAGUGGCCUUUUCAUCCAGUGAAUGUGUUUUAGCUGCAGUUCGGUGUGGAACUCAGCUGUUAUUACAGCCUCAGGCACAAACAGUCCUUCAUAUCUAUAUUCCUCCAAGCUGAUAGGAUUGGAUUCCUUGAAGGGAGUGAAGGUGUGAGGGUGAGGAGGAGGAGGAGGAGGAUGACGACAAGGUUGGCAUAAGGUUUACCUUCUGUGAAGGUGGUAACGUCCAUUAAGACCCUGUGGUGGAUUAUCAGAUUGACACAGGACUCAAGGUACAUGUUGCACAAAGACAAAGUGCAUGAACUGAGAUUCAAUGACAUUUUUACACGUUUGUACACUCAUAAUUAAAACUUUUCCACGCCUUUUUUGGCUUCUGAUGUUCCUGAUUCACCUUCCUGUAGACGAUGCGUGGACCAAUGGAUUUUAAUGAGGACCACGUGUAGUCUGGAGGCAUCAUGGAUCUGUUUCAGGAGCAGCCGUUGGAUUGGAGCUCGGUCCAGCCUCUGCUGCAGUAUGACAUCUCCCAGGAAAGAGUCAACAACACCAACAGCUUGCCUGGUUCUCUAAUGCUGCCGUCCACCUUCAGCUCCCGUGCCUCCCUCCCUCAACCUCUGCCCUCUCUGCUUCCUUCCACCCUUAUUCCCUCCACUCUCCUCCCCAUGACCUCCUCUUCAUCCUUUCGACAAACAUCCACUUAUGUCUACCGGCCCUCCUCAUCCUCCUCAUCCUCCUUGUCUUCAUCCUUGUCCACCUUCUCUGCUAAUGAGUUGGCAGAUUUGGAGAGCAUGCUGCUCUGGACCCUCCACGAGCCCAGCACCAUCUCUCUGACAAUCAUGUACUGCCUCUCCUUCAUUUUGGGAUUCAUUGGGAAUUUGAUGUCCCUGCGUGUCCUCACCAACAGACGCAACCAGCGGUUAGCCAGUGUCAGUGCCACGCGUAGUCUGUUGGUGAACCUGGCGGUGUGUGACCUGGCAGUGGUGUGUGUCUGCAUGCCCAUCACUCUGGGGAGCCAGAUCUACACGGCCUGGGUUUACGGUGACCUCCUCUGCAGAGCCGUGCCCUUCACGCAGGCCGUGUCAGUCUCAGCCAGCGUGUUGACGCUAACUGUGAUCAGCGUGAAUCGUUACUACAGCGUUAAAUCGCCUCUGCGAGCACGCUCCAUGUUCACCCGCCGCAGGAUCUUGGCCACUGUCGCGGUUGUGUGGAUGGUGUCCUUCAUCAUGUGCGCUCCUAUUGCAGUGAUGAAUCGGCGGCGCGAGAUCAGUUUUGGGACUUUCGCCAUCUUGGUCUGUCAGGAGGAGUGGCCUCAGCAUCGCCUGAAACAGGGGUACAAUGUGCUCCUAUUUAUGAUGCUAUACUGCCUGCCAGUGACCUUUAACCUCACCAUAGGCUUCCUGACUGGCAGGCGGCUCUGGGGAGGAACAAAAUCCACUUUCGCUGACCUUGAUCCUCGGAGCAAGGCGCUGCACACCUCACGCCUCAAGACCCGUCAGAAGAUCGCCAAGAUGGUGGUCUGCCUGGUGUUGCUCUUUGCAGUGUCCUGGCUGCCGCUGUAUCUGGCCGACCUUUGGAUCGACUGUGAGCAAAGGCCACCGUCUUGGCUGCUGCAGACGCGGCCGUUUGCUCAGUGGCUGGGCCUGACCAACUCCAGCCUGAACCCCAUCUGUUACUGUUUCAUAGGAGAUCUGUACCGCUCUGCGAAGGUGAUUCGGACGCGAUACUACCAGAAAGUGGCUGCGCUCUUUGGCUCCUCUUCAUUCACCAGCUCAGCUGCAGUGGUGUCUCCUGCUGCAGUGAUUACAGACUCCAAAGCACCUGCCGCUGAGCAUCGCAGCAUUUCUGCUGCUGUGGCAGCUUCUGCAUCCUUGGUUACAAUCCCCAGGUUGCUGAGUCUGGCUCGAGGCCAGGGACUGGGGCAGAAGGUUAGAGACAGGUUAGACAGCCAUGCCGGAUCUGACCACAGUAUCUCAGACUGGUGUCAGUCCAGUCCCAGUCUGUGGGAUAGCUCUUUGUUCUCUUGCCAGCUCCACACACUCCAGCACUCCAUACAAAGAGCAGACUUCCUGCCCACAAGAAGACACUCCGAGAAUGAGAGCGCUGGGUCAUUAACUUUAAGAAUUGAGUCCGUGGAAAUUGAUGUGCUGCCUCUCAGGAGGCAUUCAGGGGACAGGAUAUAUUGUCUGUCACAUGAUAAGGUAGACACCAUUACCAUUGAUAGACAUGCUCUGUGUUCUUCUGGGCAGUUCAGCGGUAAAAUAUCACACACCUGCUCUCCCGUAGGAGACCAUGAGGAUGAAAUAACUGAUAUGACCAGUCUGUGAAAACAGCACAUGAUCCGAUGUGUCAACGGGGGGGAUUUAUUUAUUUUUGUCCUCUAGGCAGGAAACAAACGCAGCACCAGGUUCACAUUUUACAUUUGACAAUGUGGAUUUAUCACUUACACAAGGCACUGAUUGUCUUGAGGAUUAGCUGAACAAGUCUACACUCUCUGUUUUUGUGUCUCCUCAUUGAAUGCUCAGGGGAUCCAGGACCAGUGUUUGUUGUCAAGAGUUCGCAUCAGGGGUGAGCAGUGAUGGAGUGAGCACUGCAGGGGAAGACUCAUUGUGCCAUUUAGCCCUGAGCUAAAACACCAGUUAUCAUUAAGAAGGAUGAAUUGCACGGAUGCGCUAUUACAUUUAAGUCAUAUCUUAAGCGACACAUCUGCUAGUAAAGACAAUAACGCAGCAGGAUUAAAAUGUAAUUAUUUUCCUCAUUUGUUAUCGCUUUGCACUUGGUUUCUGUUGGAUUUUCUAAAGCCACUUAUCACAAUGAAAGGUCUGUCUGAAGAGUCUCUGACAGUGUCACAGGUUAAUGUCACCAUCCGUGUCUGCAGUCUGUUAAAGCAGUAUCGCCAGUUGCUCAUGUGUGCAGCCACAAAGAUGCAAUGAGAGGAAAUCACUGUGUAUGAAGCAGAAAAUGAGAACGUCAGUGAACAGUGGAUGCUUUUGAUUGUCUCGUGAUAACAUUGUGACUUUGCUCUCACAGCAUUUUUCACGUCAAGAGUGAGUGCCACAUUGUCUCGCCUAAUCACAAGAUGAGCAGGUUUACUUUAUUCAGAGGGAAAUUGAACCAAAUAAAUAAAUACAUCAAUCAAUACAAUUCUUUUGCCCUGGGUUUCUUUGGUAUUUGAAUUGGACAAUUUCAUAAUAAAAGUAAGUGUUCUACCUCCUUGAAUUUAUUACAUUGGUGUCUUUGUUAGGUGUUUCCUCUGUGGUCGUGGUGCUCUUAGUGGGUGGGGAAAAUAUGUCAUAACCUAUUAGAGAGAAUGGCAUCGAGCCCAUCAUACCCAUCCUGCCAACAUCAUUUACACUCACGUAGUGGAAUAGUGAGUUUUUCCCUCCAAUUGAAAUAAUGAGCCACUCAUUAUUGUGUGUUUGUGUGUUAUAGUGUUUACAUGAUGGUUCAUUCACUAAACGUGUGUA